AUGAGCCCCGAACCUGUCCUCCUCGCCAUCGCCCAUGUUGUCGCCUCGGUCAGCAGCUCUUAUCUCACCACAAGCCCUCAAUACAGCGUCGACCAGAGGCGACGAGCGGAAUGGGCCGCUUGGGGGCUUCUGGCUCUCUGCUGUCGCAUUCGUCUUCGCCGCCGACCUGCCGGUGCCGACUCGGGUGCCGACAAGGAAGCACAGCUUGUUGAAAGGCGUCAAGUUGCAGACCUCACAGCCUGGUGCAUCGCUCUGUUGCUUGCUGCUGCCCAGUUUAUUGCGCUUCGCGUAGGACGGCCUGCCAUUCAGUGGGCUUUUCCGGUGAUACCACUACUUACCCUGUACCUGAAAGUCAUGUGGCUGGACCGAUCUACGGAUAAUUCGUCGUCAUGGCAAGCCCGACUUGUCCGCAACUUCGAUGGUCCUAUGGCAGCCAUUGCAUUCGUGGGCUUCAGCUGCAUUGUACCACUAGGCCUAAUAUACCAACGAACCAUCAACUCCAUUGACUACCGGGUCAUCAUCCUUGCGCUCGCCUUUGCUAGUGCCUUCGCCUACGCCUGCAUACGUGUCGAAGCCGUCUCCAAUUCGGAGCAUGAUGGCUACCAGAGUCUCAAGUUGUCUAAUCAUCUUGAGGUACUUGGCUCGGUGGCUUCCAAAGCUUUCAUCAUCUGCACGCUGUAUCUGGUGAUCUUCUCGACGGGCCGACCAUCAGUUCAUUUUUUGACCUUGGCGUUCACCUGCUCGAGGAUGCUCGAGCUCUACGCCAUUACUUUCUUGUGUUUCAAUCAUGUAUCGAUAACCGCUUCCACUCUGCUAACGUCUUCGGCAGCUGUUACCAGCAUAUUCAAUGCGGUUGAUAUCUGGUCGAAAGAUCGUUUCCUUCUCACGACCGCUACAUCUGUGGUUAUUACCAAGCUCACUCUUCCACGAUCAACACGCAAUAACUGGAUCUACGUGUUACUACUAUUACCCGCUGUGAGCUGGUUGCUCACCGCUGUACCAGCGCAGAUUGCAGAUGCCCAACAAGGACUCGCCAUUGGCCCUACGCAUCCGAUUCAGCGUCUGGUAGAUCUCCAGAAUGAGAAGUUUGUUAUGGCACUGGGAAACAAGUCCAAGACCAUCGAGGAAGCGGUCAGAGAGUAUCGGCGUAGAUACGGCCGGGCGCCGCCACCAGACUUUGACCGAUGGUUCGAGAUUGCGCAAAGCAUGGACUUCCAACUGAUUGACGAGUUUGAUACAAUCAUGGAAUCCCUGGAGCCUUACUGGGGUAUCUCGCCAGCCGCCCUCAGGGCUCGCGUGGCCUCUGUCGAGCAAGCGGCCAACAUGAUUGCGCUCACGGUCGGCAAGAACGGUGUGGACUAUGUCUCAGACCAUUAUUAUGCCAGUGCACUCUCAGGCAUGAUCAACACAACGAGGUGGAAUGAGGUGCUCCCGGAGGCCAAAUUUGUGAUCAGCGCUUUCGAUGAACCGCGGGUCGUUGCGCCGUACGACACUAUUGAGCAUGCGAUGAAAGCGGCAGAGCUCUCAAAGAAUCACAGCUCGGAGGACUUCACGCAGAACAACACCAUUGGAACUACUAACAACAUCAAUUGGAUCAGCAUCGGCAAGCAGGGUACCUUCGAAGCAAUGGUCUCAUCCUGUCAUAUCGACUCGCCAGCCCGGAGUGGCUCGCCACGAAAAGGAGAAACUACUACAGAUGUGCUUCCAUUCGUCAGCAACAUCACAGCGUCUAUGGAUGUCUGUGAGAGCGACGAUCUGCUGCACCAACAUGGUGUGCUGUCUGCUCCUGACACGAUGGUUUUGACACAUUCAUUGGCGCCGAUCUUCAGUCAAUGCAAGCCGAGUGUGUUCAGCGACGUUCUGUACCCAAGCCCAUACUACGCUCUGGAAAUGGCUAACGGCGACUACCACGACGAAGACGAUUUCCCUUGGGAUGAGAAAAUGGACCGCGUCUACUGGGCCGGGUCUUCGACAGGAGGCUACAGCACGGCCGAGAACUGGAUGAAAAUGCAUCGACAGCGCCUCACCUUGAUGACAGGGCCGGGCUCAACCGCACCAGUCAAACUUCUCGAGAGGAAUGAGACGGGCCUCUGGCAGCCACGAGACUCGACCUACGAUAAAAUUGACGACUUAUUCUACUUCCGCAUUACGGCCCUAGUCCAAUGUGACGACACGGCUCGAGAAGCCAUGCAGGAACGCUUCGGCAGUGGCUUGCAUCCGGAAGACAGAAACGCCGCACUGCACAACAAGUACGCGCUCGACAUCGACGGCAAUGCCUAUUCUGGGCGAUACUACCGCCUGCUGAAGAGCAACAGUGCAGUACUCAAGCACACCAGCUUCAAAGAAUGGCACGACGGGCGGCUUCAGCCGUGGGUGCACUUCAUCCCGGUAUCGCCGGGAGCGGAGGAGCUGGGCGAGAUGAUGCGCUUCUUGACGCAGGAGGAGGAGGGCAGGGUCAUCGGGAAGGCAAUCGCCGAGCAAGGCCGCGACUGGGCGAGACGCACGCUCAGGAAGGAGGAUUUGGAAGUCGUGAUGAUUAGGCUGCUGAUGGAAUAUGGACGGAUCAUGAGUAAUGACCGGGACGUGAUGGGAUUUGAAUUGUAG